CGCUAAUUGUCUACGAGCAAGUGAAGAUGGCUGCGACCAUAAAGGGGCCUGUCGGGGUCGAAGACGUCAAUGUCACUUUUGAGGAUCAGCAAAAGAUCAACAAGUUUGCCAGGAGCACGAAUCGAAUGACAGAGCUAAAAAAAGAAAUUGAGUCAAAGAAGAAGUCACUGCAGAACUUGCAGGACGCCAGCGACGACCUAAUGAUGUUUGACGACGACUCACUGUUGAUCCCUUAUCAGAUCGGUGACGUCUUCAUCAGUCACACGCAAGAAGAGACGCAAGAGAUGCUGGAGGCUGCCAAGGAAGCACUGGAGCAGGAGGUCAAAGGGCUCGACGAGCGAGUGUCGGCCAUCCAACAGCUGUUGUCGGAUCUGAAGGUGCAGCUCUACGCCAAGUUCGGUAACAACAUCAACUUGGAGGCGGACGAAAGCUGAGGCGGGACUUUGUCAGUUGACCCAGUAAGGACUUUGACAGAACAUUUGACACACAAACAGGAGGUCCAGUUGGACCUGACCUGCGAUGUUAUCGCAAAGAACCGCAGGGACAACAAUGGGGGAAAAAAACCCAAAACUGAAUAAAUAAAUUCCCUUCAAGUGUA